UCUCAUCAAUAGUUUGAACUUUCCACUGGCUCGACAUCUUAUCCACAGUGUUUUGCAUCGAAGAUGCAUCUGAAUUCUGAAAGAACUACAGAGACGUCGUCAAACCGUUAGUCGCGACGGAACCUCGCCACUUUCACGAGGACCGGUGGAUGUCUCCGGCAGCCAUGGAUCAACGACGCGACGCUCCAAUUCCGAAUCCAGUCACACCCUCCAUUGAGCUUUCAGGGCACCCAAAUCGCUCCCAAUCCAGUUCCAGGUCUGAAUGUGAAUUGAAGGAUUCUGCAGCUGCUAGAACAGUUCAGAAGGCUGACAGAGAGAAACUAAGAAGAGACCGAUUGAAUGAACAAUUUGUUGAGCUUGGAAGUGUUUUAGAUCCUGAUAGGCCCAAAAAUGACAAAGCAACCAUUUUAAUGGAUACAAUUCAGUUGCUGAAGGAUUUGACAUCUCAAGUAAACAAACUGAAAACUGAGUAUGCAACAUUAACAGAAGAAUCGCGUGAGCUAGCCCAGGAAAAGAAUGAUCUAAGAGAAGAGAAGGCCUCACUCAAAUCUGAUAUUGAGAAUCUUAAUUCUCAGUAUCAGCAAAGACUCAUGGCUACUAACUCUAUUGUCAUGGCCCCUGCUCCCUUUCCAUUUCCAAUGCCUCCAGCGCCAUUUCCUCUACAUCCAACCUCGCAACCUUACAUGUUCUUCGGAAAUCAAAAUCCUAGAGUGAUAGCAAACCCAUGUUCCCCGUUCGUCCAAUACAUAGCUCAUAAUUCCAUGGCUGAGCAGCAGGCCUCCCGAAAUGCACCGCCUUUCGUUCAUCCAAGCAAGCAUGAUUCGUCGUUCGAACAAUCGAACGACACGAACGGGAACGAAAAUAAUCCAUCAGAAGUAGAACUAGAGGAGAGUUCUUCAAGUGAAUGUUCUUUAUCUCGUAGUUUAGAGGCUAAUUCGUUUAGUAGCACGCUUAAUGGAUGAAAAACCACUUGAUAUAUGUGGAAACACAUAAAAGUUGUAGGUUUUAUCAUUGUUGAUGUAUGAUAGAUGAUAUUUGAUUUCAGAAAGAAAGGACUCUAAUAUCAUGUAGAGAUGAACGGAUACAUACACGAUAUUCUGAGGAAUUAUGUUUAAAAUUUAGGAUCACUGGACGAGAGUUGUCGGUCUCGAGCUUGGUCGAGGGGGAGGGGCCGUUAAUGCUGCAGCUAUCCAAAAGUUUAAAGGUGUUGAAUGAAAGGUGGAAAAGCAUUCAAAUCAAGAGUGCCCAAUAACAGAUAUAUUUCAAUUGGUUCACGGGACAUGGAGAGUUGUGGAGCCCUCUAUGUCUGGCUUGAAAUCUUAUUGGUCUUCAUCUAGCACCGUUGUGUAAAGAAGAUUUAGAGGAGCUGAAUUUUGCUAAUAUUUUGACUUUUUAUUCCCUCUCGUUCGAGAAAUGUUGAAAUAAUCGAUAUCUUAUCCACUUAGUUAUGCUAUAAAUUGAUAUUAGUGUGGGUACGGUGACAAAAUGAAUGUUUUGAAGUACCACUGUUAGUCAGUAAUGUGGGUUGACUUAUAUUACUAAGAGCAACGCGCUUUGGGAUGUGGAGGAGAUAUUAUCGCCCAACUCCCUAAUCUAAUGUGGCAUUGGGUUCGGGCCGCAGGGAACUACAACAUGGGAGGACGUCUAAUCCUUUUGUUGUUGCAAGGCUGGCUAAUUGUAUGCAAAAUGCUCAAAGACCCUUUAUUUUGGAAGGCACGUGAGUCUGAACGCUAUGUUGAAUGU